GGCUUGGAGAAGGGCAUCUGUUUUGCUCUCAGCUGACAGCGUUUCUGAGGGGAAAUCGAAGAGGCGAAGAGAAAGUGUCCUUAUUUCCGUAAAAUCAAAUAAUUUUUCUAUCGAAAAAAGAUUCUAUAUUCCUUUCUCUUUUGAAAUUCCUAGUGCACAAGGACAUCCCAAAAGAGCUGAAUUUUAAAUAUCUUGUGGUGUAAUAACGUAUAUAAAAUAGAGAUCAUAUAAGUACAAAUCCUUCCGUUACUUCCCAAGCCAUCAACUUCUCCAUCAUCAUUCUUCCAAGAACUCGAUUCUGAGUCGAUUUCAUCACUGGAGCUUAUAACUGCUGCGAACCAAUCUUCGUUUCUUCACAAAACACAGUACUAAGAAGAAUCCGAGUCCAUUACUAUCCACCAUGCUGAGGGCAUUAGCAAGCUACUUCUUCGGCGGAAUAGAGGACGAAACGCCUGAAGCACCCAUUGAAUGUGAAACUCGAGAAGUUAAUGACUGGUUAGUGGUCAACUUGCCUGACCAAAACAAGGACAGCAUAAACUUAAAUGAUGAUGAUGACGACGAAGACACUUAUGAGAUUGAUGAUGAAGAUAUUAAGAAUGUAAUGGAUGACGAUGACGAUGCGAUAGAGGUGGAUGCAUCCGAUCUGAACGAGAUGGACUCAGACGAGGACGAUAUUCUCUUGUCCCUAUCAUUUUUAAUGAUGCCUCCUGAUGCUGAAAAUCUUUCCUCUGAACUUUCAAACGAUCAGUCCAGUUUUGAAAACAGGGUCUUAAAGAAAUCACACUACCAGGGUCCAUUCGUCCCACUCAACCGACGUCAUCAAGCGUAUUUCGAAGAGAACGUAAACUAUAGCAGCAUAGUUCUGGUUAGUAGUAAGCUACUUGAGGCCGUGGGGAGAUCACUAAAAUACUUUGAAGAUAUUCAAAAACUCGAAGGCAAACCGGCCAUCCAAAAGAAUGAGCUUCUUGAGGAAGAUGUGUUGGAUCUGUUCAGCAUCGCCACGCGUCAGCGGACGAAGCGAAAUGACAUUGUGAACGAAUUUGAAAGAAAGGACAAAGUAAAUGUACAAGUACUGGAAAUUUCAUCCCCACCUAUGUAUUCAAAGAAUUAUGUGAACCAUCGUCAUCCAGAAAAAGUUCUAAACUAUGAUUUAUUGCAACGAAUCCAGGAAUUGGAACCAGAACAGCAAGCUGUGCAGCGGUCAAUCAGAAAGAACCUUACUAGAGGCCAACUCAAUCGCCAAAAUAAGAACUAUAUGUAUGAAACCAGUUCAAAGAAAAACCGUCGUUCCAAUCGGCAGAGGAACCCUUCUGGCGCCAAUAACAAUCGCAAAUGCUGAGUUUUUGAAGUAAAUGAAUGCCCAAGGCAAUUAACGCCUUACAAAAUUUCACAUUUUGCUUCUUCUUUCGGCUUAUAGUAGAUGCAUGUGAAUUUUUUUGGUAUCUUUUCAUUAACAGAUAAAUUUUGAAUAUGUUUAUUGAUAUUUAUCGGUAGAAUAUGGCAACAUGAUUUUUAAAACUAAAAUGAAAAGCUUUCUCCAUUUUUUAAAAAAAUAAGUUUGAGAAAAAAAUUUUUAAAAAAAAUAUACGUUUCUCUUUCAGUCGAUUUUAGAAAGUAAACUAUAAGUAAAAGUUUACAAUUGCCCUCUGAUUUUUUGUUGGUAUCCCAACAGUAAUACGUCAAUGAAAACAAAGCAUUAUGGAAACCAGAAGUAGUGCUUCAUCGCUGAAAUUUGUCGCCAAUCGAAGGGGGACCCAAAUCUACACUAGAACCAAAAUAUAACUUAUAAGUUAUAAUAUAACAAAUAACUUCUCAAAAGUGAAAUAUUCAUUUGGAGGAAAAAGAUUUAUUAUUACAGUAACCUGGAUAUCUUUAAAAAAUAAUUUUAAUCUCUUAUAACAUUUGAACUUACAGUUGAUAUCUAUUUUAAUGUGCUUGUUCAUAUCGCCAACGACACCAAUUCAAUGCAAAAUUGUUGCUAAGAUAAGCAAUGGAAUGAAACAUUCAACGAAGUGUCCCUUUAUUGUUUCGGUUCUCUUAUUGGCGAUAAACUCAAGCAACACAUUAAAAUAUUCAAUCGAAAUUUCUAACUUAACAGUUAAGGUUUCUCUGUAAACUCUUACACUUUCAUUUUUAUAUACUCAGAUUUUAAAACUUUAAUGUUUAGAAAUACAACGACAAUAUUAAAAGAAUCGAUUCGUAUAAUUUUAAGGAAUGAAAUAAUAAAAAUAAACCAAUCUCAUAUUUUAUUGUGAACCUUAAAAAUAGUUUUUUUAGCAAUACUUUGCUGUCUAUUCAGCCUUAAUUCUCUAAAACUUUACAGCAUUUUAUAAAUAAUCAUAUUUUAAUUCUCAAAGUUAUUGCUUUCAGUUUUUUUCAGAAUUAAUAUUUAUUUUAUGUGUAAUAUACUUUUAUAUAUACACAUAUCAUAAAACAUUAAUAUUUUUGCACCAAUUAAAUUUUAAGAAAUAUAUUUGUAUAUGUCUUCAAAAAUGCAAUGUAAAAAGUUAGUGCUGUAAUUUGACACAUAUAAGAGUGAAUUAUUUCUUUUAUUUAUGAAAGUUCACAUAGAAAUUAUUGUUGUUUCUAUAGCACAAAUGAAUUUAUUUACAUAGUGGCUGCAGUAAGAAAUUGUUGAAAAUACUACCCAUUCAUAUGGUCAUCGAAAAAAUAAUUAAUUCAUUUGGUUUAUGUUGAUAUUCAAAUUUAUUAUGAUUGUGUAAAGAUUAUUAUAAAAGGAUUUUGUCAAAAUGAAUGUUACUUUGAUGUAUUAUUGUACAUUUUAUAGCUAAUUAUAAAAUUUAUGGUCUACUUGAAAUAUUUAAUAAAUCUAUAUUAUUAAGCCAGUAAUUAUUCGUGAAUGCUAACAAUACAUAUUGUCUUUAAAAAGAACUACUUACAAUCAUUGUUUACUAGAUUUAAUUCUACUUUUUCACUGCCAGCUCUGUAAUAAGUUUUUACAAGUAGUUUUACAUGGUAAUUUAUUUAUUAAUUGAUGACAAAUAAUUGUUUUACAUUCUGGGAUUGAGGGAAAAAAAUCAGUUUCACUAUUAAGUCUACAUUAAAAAAAUCUUAUCCAUUCAAUAUAAUUUUACUGUUUUUUUCAAUUUCUGCAGAGUUUAUUAUUGAAUUUAUACAUACAAAAAAUUUGAAAACAGAUAUUAAUGGUGUGAUUUUAUAAUUCAAAUAUAUUUUAUCAUUUUCAUUUAAAAAAAAAUAUGUUACAUUUACUUCUUUUAUUCUGUAAUGUUUGCAUAAUAGAUGUAAUUAGUGGUUCAGUGGUGAGAAGAAUAUGUGUUAUAAAACAAUAAAGCUCCUACUGCCAAAUGAGAUAUAUAAGCAACUUUUUUUGGUGUGUCCUGAAUUGUGCCGUCAUUUAUGUGAUAGAAGAAACUGAUGUAAUUAUUUUAGAAAAA